AUGGACCUGGAGGGGAAUCCUGACAGAGUUUCUCAUCCAGCCUCAGCUGCAGUCCGGGUGACUGAUUUGAUUUGGCGAGGCUACCUAAAUCCCAGUCUGCUGAUUAAAGAUGAUGGAGAGCUACUCGUGGAUGAGUACCUGUCCCCCAGGAAACUGAAAGUUUUGACGGGGGUUGAUGAUCUGCUGCAAGUGAAGGUCCUUGAGAUGCAAGUAGAUACAAGAGAGAACAGCUUGGGGAACUUAGGUGCCUAUCUACCUAAUCUGAGAGAACUGAACUUGAACAAUAGCUUGCUCAUAUCUGUGAGGGAUCUUGGAACCACAUUGUCCCAUCUCCAGGUGCUGUGGAUGGCUUGCUGUGGGCUCUCAGAUUUAGAUGGGAUCUCUUCCUGUGGCUCUCUAAAAGAACUCUACAUUGCCUAUAAUAACAUUUCUGACCUGAGCCAGCUGACCUGGUUGGAGCACCUUGAGGUUUUGGACCUGGAAGGGAACAAUAUUGAGGACAUCAACCAGAUGCAGUACCUGGGACUUUGUUGCAAGCUGAGCCACUUGUCAGUGGAGGGCAACCUUAUUUGUCUGAAACCAACUGCAGAAUCCACAGAGGAACCAGAUUAUAAUUACAGAGCUGAAGUAAAAAAUCUCAUUCCUCACUUGAAGUAUUUGGGUGAAAUACCAGCAAGCCAGACGUCUCUUCCUUCCAAGAAGAUGCGUGAGAAUUGGCAAAUCAUCAAGGAAUCCAUCAAGGAAGGUGGUUUAGCUGGAAACAUCUCCUGGUUAGAGCCAUAUCUUGGGGCAGUAGCAGGGCAGCCUGGAUGCAGCCCAAGACUGCCCACAACUUCCAGACCUGGAGCUGCACAGUGUUCAGCUAAUGCAGGGCCAUCUAGCAGUGCCUCCCUGCUGCAUGGUGGCUGUCCUCUUCCAAAGCCCACUGUUUCUGAUGAGUCAGAAGAUGUCUACAGUGAUUUGACACAUGGACUUGGUCAAGUUAUGUGUGGGAACCCCACCAAGGCCCUUCAUGCCAGGAGGCAAAAGUUAGGUGUACCUGCAGUGAGCCCUUUGAAACCGUGCAGUUCUAGGAGAGAAAACCUUUAUGGCUCUGGAGGAGAAGAUCUGCUUCGGGAAGAUGUGUCCUCUGAACUAAGAGUGCAGAGAGAGCAGCACAAGAGGUGCCUGCAAACAGGUCAGCAAGGAAAAGCUGCCCAAGCGCUGAAGGUAACUCUUGGUGAUGAGGAAGAGGGUAAAGACUGCAGCCUGACUGACAGCUGUGAAGAUAAAUUGAGGGAGAGCUGUGAUGAGGACCUCAUUAAAAGGAUUUCACUUGAUUCUUCUUGCCAGUCCUGUGUCUCCCAGUCUUCCUCAGGUUCAUCGCAGGCUCAGGAGGGUGCAACAUCCUCGAACCUAAAUUGUUGUCUAAUUCCAUCUCCUCCAAAAGGCCCUUCACCUGCAUCUGUAAUGGGUGUUGCAGCAAAGCCCUGGAGAAUGAGGAACUACAGAAUAAGAACCCUAAAAAUACCCAGCCAAGAGGAGGACAGGCAGUGGACACAGUGAUGCCAGCCAAGGACUCAGCAAGAAACAUCAGCCCAGCGGCUGGGUGAGGCCCCUGCUGCCCUGCUUCAGCACAGCGUGGGGGCUGCCUGUGGGCCCCAGGGGCAGCGCCGGCCUCCCGGCAGCAUCCGCCCGCAAGGGCCUGCUCCAGCACCAGCAGCUGCAGGUCGGUCUCUUUUCCUCAGGCUCAUCAUGCACGAGAGCCCUCCUGAAGAGAUCACCCACCAGCAGCCAGCUGUCUGCUCACCCCUUCAAGCCUCCAAGAGGUUUGGACUGAUAAAUGCUGCAUGGCUCCUGACUGCCAAGGCCGUGCCGUACAGGCCCACUGCCUCAACAGCAUCUCAGAACACAGCUCCCGGGUGCUAG